AUGGCUCCUCAUACGACGAUAUUCCAAUCUCUGACUCAUCCAAACCCGACAGUAAAUCAGCGUGGUCGUGGUACAGAAGGGAAGAACAGUAGCCUCUCUAAUACGACCAACCAGGAUUACGCGAAUCCUGUGAAAGUGGUAGAGUGGGCAGAAAUGAAAGACUUACGGGUAUUUCGGGAGGUAUUUGGAGGUAAACUCUUCGAAGAAGCCCAUCGGGAAGGCAGAGAGCUUAAGCUUUCACAUAUUCGGCCUUCUGAUCGUAGUGUUGUCAACGAAAAGCGGGCAAGCAACUUAUUCAACAAGUGGAACAAAGAGGUUGUCAUGUAUGCUCUCGAUCCCAUUCUGGAAACGUAUCGUCCCCUCAUCUGGGACCAAGGGGAGAAUUUGGCCGGUAUCACCUUGAGCCCUCCUGGACCGCAUCCGCGAAAGACAUCACUAAACCGGUUGGAACCAGAUUCAGGCUCUAUCGCAAGCUACCCAGAUUCUCCGGGUGAAGAAGGACAAGAGAAAUUUCUCAAGGAAUACAAAGUAGCCGCCAAGUGGAAGAGCAAGUGGAUCAAGGAAAGACGAGUGAUCAAUGAGUCUGGGACAUGGCGAGGCGUAAAGAAUACCACAUCGUGGCCGAUCAUGCAGGUUCUGAAGAUCCCAAGCUCCUGCGAGAAAGUCUAG